AUGAAGCCAACACUCUCUGGAGACAUGGUGGCCCUCCCAGCUACGACGAUGUCAACUUGCUUUUCGAACAAGGCCGAACCAUGGUUGCUUCUCCCUUCUCAUCUUUCUCUCUCUCUCUCAAGAUUUCUUCAUCUUAAUCAUUUUUUCAUUUGUUUUGAUUUGCAGGAGUGGCCGGAAGGAUCAUUGGAGGAGACUGUGCAAAAUGCUGUCAAGACGUGGGAGAUGGAGCUCUCUCACAAAACUCGCUUGCAGGAUUUCAAGUCCAUCAACCCUCACAAGUUCAAGCUCUUUGUCAAUGGCAGGGAGGGAUUAUCUGGAGAGGAAACUCUUCGCAUGGGAAGUUACAAUGCUCUGCUGCAAAACUCUCUGCCAGAACCGUUCAGGUAUUACAAAGCAGAAGAAGAGACCUUUGAAUCAUCUCACGAAGCCUUCAGAUCAGCUUUUCCUCGAGGCUUUGCUUGGGAAGUGAUCAAGGUUUAUACUGGACCUCCUGAAAUCACUUUCAAGUUCAGGCACUGGGGCUUCUUUGAAGGCCCUUUCAAGGGCCAUCCUCCUACUGGCAAGAUGGUCCAAUUCUAUGGCUUGGCAACCCUCAAGGUUGAUGAAUCUCUGAGAGCAGAAGAGGUUGAGGUUUACUAUGACCCAGCAGAGUUAAUAGGAGGACUUUUAUCAAGGACACACACAACCGUUCCCAUAAAUGAAACCAGCAAAAGCUCAGCUACUUCUCAAGGAUGUCCUUUCAGCAAAUAAUUGCAUCUCAAAAUUUCAACUGAAGCACCUGCUUUGAUCUUAUUACACAUGCAGUGGAAUCAUUAUUUGAGUUUAUUAUGAUUAUCUUAUAUGCAUGUUGAAUAAAACAAGUACAAGAUGAACAUCUAGCAUUCUCUUUCUCAUUUUCUGUGAAAAGUUUAUGGUAAUUCAUGAGCUCA